CGUAGGUAUCGUUUUGGAAAAGGUGCGUUUCUUUGUCGGGCUAUGUGGCUGGUCCUGUGGAUGCCAAAAGCGGUACAUUGCACAAAAUCGAUACAGGAGGUAGCGACAAGAACGCCUGGCUCUCUCUUGCUUUACAGGAACGGUUUUGUGGCUGAAUGGGGGCGGAUGCUCCUCUGUAGCAGACUGGCUGCCGUAUGGGUCUGAUGCGUGACCGUCCACAUUUCUUUAUUUUUCUUUGCGAACUGUACUAUUCUCUCUUUCUCUCUGUGUCUCUCUGUCUGUCUUUCGUUGUGCCUGCAGCUCUCUGAUGAAGAAAGCGGCACUUUUUCCUGUAAUAGCAUCAUCGCCCGCUCUGAGUGUAGAAACGGCACUAUUACUGCAACUGUCUGGCCUCAUAAUCAUAAUUUACUUCGGAAUAAUAUCAGUGAGACAUUUCAAUAUUCAUUGAUUUAAAAAUACAGUGUAAAGAACUGGAUAUUUGGACCCAUCAUAUACCUGACCAAUUAUAGACAACGUAUGGGCCAAAGCCACGCCCAUCCAAUUCCUGCGCUUCAAUCACUAUUCUAUUCGCUUAUUCUUUUUCCAUGGUUUAACUCGUCUUUGACGUCCUCUUGCGUUACGGAGUGGAAAGACAACAAGUGCAUGCCCGGACAAGUUCAGGAGUCGAGUUAUAAAUUAACAUCCCAACUGUCUUAAACACACAUUUUAUUCCUAGAAUGUAAAUGAAUAUAUUUAUUACAUUAGGCAGGUAAUGUCUACAUCAGAAUACACCCCUCACACACUUAAAUAAUUCAGAAACAGAAAGAAGGUAUAAAUAUUUUAGUUAAGCAAUAUUUCAUUAAGUUAUUUCAUACCAUGUACGUGAGUCACAGGAAACAUCUAGGACAGCGGAUGAUUAGGAAGCUAAACAAUCCAGAGUUGAAUCUGUUGCUUUAAAAUAAAUAUAGUUGACCAUUUAUUGAAAAUGACACUAGUUCAUGUGUUUGAGACAAUUUGGGACACCUACAAGACAGAAGACUCACUUUUGCAGCCUAUGUGGGACUAUGUGCGACUCAACCACUCUGAAACUCUUCGGUCUCCUCUCUUUCCUGUGAUUCUGACCGUGGCGUCAUAUUUUGUGCUUUGCCUACCCUACCUAGUCUGCGACAUCAUGGGAAAGAAGUGGCCAGCUGUUAACCGGUACAAGAUUCAGCCCGACAAAAUGCCCACUACAGCAAUGCUCCUUCACUGCAGUGGAGUUACUCUUUAUAAUCACGUAGUUCUGGUGUUUCCUGCAGCAGUAGUGCAGUGGAUGUGGAGACCUCCUGUCCCCCUGCCUCAACGAGCACCUUCAUUGUUUGAACUUGCAGGUGGGGUGACUGCAAACCUUCUUCUUUUUGACUUUCAGUAUUUUAUCUGGCACUUUUUGCACCAUAAGAUCCGCUGGCUGUAUGUGACUUUCCAUGCUAUCCACCAUAAUUACUCUGCCCCAUUUGCUCUGGCCACACAGUGCCUUGGUGGAUGGGAGUUGGUCACUGUGGGCUUCUGGACCACGCUCAACCCUAUUCUGCUGAGGUGUCACCUGCUCACCAUCUGGAUGUUCAUGGUGGCCCAUGUCUAUGUAUCAGUGGAAGACCACUGUGGAUAUGAUUUCCCUUGGUCCAUGUCUCGUCUGAUCCCAUUUGGUGUUUAUGGAGGUCCGAGCAAGCAUGAUGUGCACCACCAGAAACCUAAUACUAACUUUGCACCCCAUUUUAGUCACUGGGAUAAACUGUUCGGCACUCAUACUGAGUUUAGUUUUGCUAAACCUCAGUGAUGAACAUGCUUGAAUGUAAAUGCAUAUUAAAUUUGCAUGCUUGGUUGCUUCAGACAGAGCUUUAACAAUGCUGAAUUUAUAACUUUUAGUUUUCCCUUUUUAUUGUAUUUGUAUAGGAACAGUAUUAAAAUACAAUUAUGCAGUGUGAUAAAAGUACAGGCUAAUUUGCAUAUCCUAAGCACAGGUAUAACUAGUAAAUUACUAAAGAUGAGUACAGAUAUCUUAUUUAUUAUUUUUUUUUAUAUCCAGCCCUUCACCAUUAUGUUAACAAUUUAACAACUUUAGCUUUAUUAUAUUAGUAGUUAAAAACUAUAGAUUUAUGCAGCUUUAAAAUGCAAAAAACAAACAAACAAAAAAACAUCAAUGUAAGUCAAUGUUAAAGCUUGGUUAUAAAGUGACCUUUUACGAUUUAUGACUGUAAAAAAAGAUUUUUCAAAGAUUUUUCACUGCAUGUUUUACAAGAAAAUAUUUCAGCUUAAAAAUGUCAUGUUUAAUUUAGCUUGUUACUUUUUUUGUGUUUGUGGAUGUAACUGUUUGGGUUCAAACUGUGGCACAAUAUGAAAUGUGAGACAAAAUCAUUGCAUACAUAACAAGUAGAAAUGCUAUAUAUAUUUUUUUUCUUAAGCUAUAAACAGGUGUGGAGAGGAAAAUAUGUAAAUGAAGAUAUUUCUAAUUAUUAUAGAAAUUUACUGUGUUCCUCCUAUGUGGUAGAAAGAUGCCAAACCAAGCAUGGCAAUCUCAAAAGCAAAUUUUCAGAAGAGGAAGUUUUUUGUUUUUUUUUAAGAAAGCAGAUUUGCAUAUGCAUGCAAACUAAAAAUAGAUCGCACUACCGUUGCCUCUCAUUUCAAAUCCUGAUUUAUCUCUGUGUUGUUAAUAUUCUCCCAGAGAGCACAUGUUCAUCUGCAAGAAUUCUGUUAAAGAUUGCCUUAUCUGUAAAGCAUCUGUUGUGUACUACAAACAUCUGAUAGACAUCUUUAAGAUGUCAGUUUUACUUACAUUCUAAAUCAUAAACAUCUUAAAGACAUCUUCUAAACGUCUAUUUGACAUAUGAUAGGAAAUGACUUGUUGCAGAUGAGCAAACACUCUUGCAGAUGUAAAAUAGGUGUCUCUGUGCACUCUCAAAAAAAAAAGGUAUAAAAGCUGUCACUGGGGCGGUUCCUAUUUCAAAACACACCUUUGUACCUAAAGAGGCCAUAUAAGUACCAUAAAGGUGCAUAUUAGUACCUAGAGUGUACAUAUUAGUACCUAAAAGGUACAAAAGUGUACCUUUUGAAAAGGUACCACCCCAGUGACAGCUUUUGUACCUUUUUUCUGAGAGUGUGAUGUACAGGACUCUUGUGUUAUUUUUCAGGACUAUCUUUUUUAUAUUUAAAAAUUUGCUGUUUAUUUCAUGGAAUAGUUGACUUUAGAAAACCUGCCUGCAUUAUUUAAUAAGUUGCAGCCAUGUGUUUAGUGAAUGCAAUGCGUGUAGGCUUACCAUCGAUCUGAUUGAUUAUGAUUAUACAAUUCAUUUAUGUAACAGCAGGGGUCAGUAAAUACAUUACUUAGUUAAAUCCCUUUGUGCAACUAUUUUGCAUGUGAACGUGUAUUUCUAUAUUUAAUAAGUUGAUGUUUUUAAUAGUGAGAAAAGAUGUCGUUCUUUGUAGUUAAAAAAGGUGGAAAAUAAAGAAUAACUAGUAUUUUAUGAAGAAAAUGUAAGUGGUGCGUGCAAUGAAGGCAAAGUGCAAAACUUGUCAUGCUUAAUGCUUUACUAAAGCCAGCGUUACUAAUAAAUGUCUAUUAAUAAUAUA